AUGCCGAAAUCAGGCUUAUUAUUCUGUGGCUUCCUAGCUGCAGGCGUCAGCAGUCAGAUUCUCGGAGCAGACCAGAAGGCAGACGACUCUGUGAUCGACCUCGAUGCUGAUCCAUCAUUCGAAACGCCGGUCGAUGAAGCACCACUACCAUCAAGCAUGAUGCAAUUACAAGGCCAGCAAGUGUUUGAGGAGAACGCAUCUGCUUCUACAUCGGCUACAACUGAGGAAGCAUCAACUACAUCGGCUGCUGAGCAGGGAGCACCAGAGCUGCGUCCAAUAAGACGCUCGUUGCCUGUUCGACCACUGUUUGCGUCUGAAGAAAAAGAAGAACAAGAUGUAACAGUGACAUCAUCUUCUAGUGGACGAAGUACGUCAUCUUCUUCUUUAAGAACCUCUAGUGCCGCAGCGACUUCUGGUAGGAAAACAUCUAGAAGUAGUAGAACCUCAAUGAAAUCCAAGGGCGGAACUAGAUCAUCUCGUACAAAAACUAGUCGCAUGCUCAGGACAGAGCAACCAGACGAAGAGGAGCAAGUAGACUACGCUCCCUUCCAACACUUCUUAGAUCAGGAGGACAUCGGACGACGUCUAGAUCUAGAAAGUGACAAGAACUUCAAAAAUAAGCAGGGAUCAAAGCAGGAGUCGCGAAUCCUCCAAACCGUGUCUACUACAGCGUCCCAAGUCUCAAAAGGUUUUUUCUUCGCUGGCAGGCUCUUUGUCUCGGCCCUACAUCAAAGUCACCUCGUCCUGCACGAAAAACUCCACACUGCACGGUCCCACUUGCUGGGUGAAGAAGGCUCUGCACACAUGGAGAAUCUGAGUAGCUUGGUUGACUCGGCAGUACCAGUAGAAAACAAGAACUACUUCAAUUACGGAUACCUUCCACGACCCGUCUCCCACGGCAUCUUUUAGGCAGUUUCUACUUGAAAAGUGCUAAAAGGUGUUCUAGAAGAUGGGUCACCGGUACCUCUAAUUCAAUUUUUCAGGAGACCACAAGAAGGACUACGAUUUUCUGAAAUGGCUCUAUCAGAUGUGGGUUCUCGUUUUUAUUACUGCUUUGAUGUUGACAGCAGUGCUGAAGAAGGUUAGCUCAUUGUGUCGUCGUUCCAGUACUAGUAGGAAAGCGGUGACUUCUUCUGCAACAGUUGUUGUACUAGGGAAGAACAGCACGAGAUCUACUCCUUCAUCUACUUCUACACUAGUAUUGGGGUCAGAGCAGGUAACGGAGUACGACAAGAGAUCGCGCUCAAGGAGUUGUAGCACAUCUUCUGGCCGCAAGGAAAGUCCCGCCACAGCAUCGACCAAGACAUCCAAGAAGAUCGUUGCAAAAAAGAAUUCAACCAGUACUAAGUUAUCUUCCUCCUCUCUUCAACAGCUCUCCACGUUUUCCACUACCUCAAACGGCGAAAUUUUCCUCGAGGACGAUCGCUCUACGACGUGCAGUUCUGACAACUCGCUCUUGCUGGAUCACAUGAGCUAUACUUAAGGCAUUACAAGCUAUACUUAAGGCGGUCGUAACUAUUACAUUUGUAUUUGAACUUCUAAAAAUACAAAAAAAAAAUUGUCUUAUGUAUUACAUACCUAAUCCAUGUAUUAGAUUCUUGGAAAUCCAUCUUGUUCCCCAGCAAGCAUCUUCGUCCUCCCGUUCUUCAAGUAGGAAGAAACGCGAACCAACAUACACAUACUGCUGAAGCUGGAUCAUUUCUCUUACCAGUUCUAAUAUGCGACUUCUUCCUCUAGUAAUCGAGGUGGCAGCAGUCUUAGCCAAAGUGGAAUCAACUACGCCAACUCAGCAUCUGGCUUCCACAACUUCAUCACACGCCAUCUACACAACAAUGGUCGACGUCGCAACUAUGAUGCUGCAGAUGAGGACUCCUGUGCCUUUCCAGACGACUUGGAUAGCGAUAACGAGGAGGGCAGAAGAGGGCGCAAUGGUGGUGGAGGUUGGUCACGAAGUUCGUGGCUACCGAGCUUUGCAGCCAGGUUGCUUGGGGGUGGAAAUGACGCAAGUGGAACUGGAUGAAACGUGUAGGACACGCAUGGACGAGUGCUGUGAAUUGAUUCCAACAAAGCAAAGAGUAAAAGCCUAUAAAGUAGAAAAUAAAAAUACCAUAAAUAACUCGAACUGAUUUUGUUUUGCAAAUAAUUUAACAACUAAAUAGAAAGCCGAGGACGAAUAUGUCAUAUUAUAUGUCAUGCAAUCAAAAGAUUUAUUAGAUCCACAGUGAACGUAAGUGAUCCAAAGCUUUGUUGCAUGAAAAUGAAAAACUCCUAGUAAAUGAUACUAAGUAGAAAGCGAUCGCAAUAUGACACCACGCAGUGACCGCCGCGCAGUUAGCUUCGGAAAAACGCCUGAACUUCGAUUACAUCACAAAUGUGUACGAUAAUUCUGAAAAUGUAUGUCAUUGACAUUGCCCACCAAGCAUGUGCUGCUUUUUAUCUUACAACUUCGAGUUCUAGGUUUUCAACCAAGAAUGAGAAAGAAACAGGGUUUGCAAAGCAACGGAAGAUGAGAAUAACAGACGGCAUCUUCAUCUUGUUACAGAUUG